UUAGUACCCUUUCAUAUAUUUCUCUUCUUUCGUUUAUAUAUAUCUUCUGCAGCAAGAAAAGAAUGCUGGGUCAUAUUGUGGACAAAGUCAAGGCAACUGCCGCCGGAAAGGAUGGCGGGGGAAAGAAGGUCAUGGGUACUGUUGUUUUGAUGAAGAAGAAUGUUCUGGACUUCAACGACUUCAAUGCAUCAACUAUCGACAGGCUUGAUGAGUUGAUCGGGCGGAAAGUCUCCCUGCAGCUCAUCAGUGCUGAGAAUGGUGACCCUGGUGAGUUCUCUACGUGUUUGAUCUUUUGUCUCAACCAAAAAUUUAUCUUCACUAGAAACAAAGAUCAAAAACAUGGGUCUUCUGUUUGUGUUCUUGGGUCUUCUGCAAAACUGAUGUCUUGUUUAAUCUAUUAAAAGAACUGGUUUUUUUCUUUUUGAGUACAUAGAGAUGGGGUCUUUGACUCCAGUUUUCAAAGUGUAUAUAUGGUCUUUAGUUUAUCUCAUCCAUAAAUCUUCACUUGGAAGAAAGACAGAAAAUUAAC